UGAGGUGUUGGCUAGGCUAGAAAGGUGUGUUGCUCCCUUAGCCUAGGUGUGCACAAGAGACAACAGGAAAACCGAGCUCUGGACUGCCUGAGCCGGAAUACGUCCACGGAAUCGAUCCUCAACACUGAUGUUCUCGGCAUAGCCUUGAACUACCUAGCGUGAAAGCCAAGCCUAAGCAUCUCACAGCCUCACAAGAACACAAUGCAAUGAGCAUAUACACAUUCAGGCCGCUGGUGGGCUCAAGAAGGGACUUUUAAGUAGCAUUUCAGUACUCCGCCAUUUGUUUGAGCACUCACUGAUCCUAGUUUCUGUUGAUUUAGUUAAAGCCAUCCAUGCUUCCACUAUACGCAGCAAUGUCAUUGGCCAUAUAAUUGUAGGGGACUUUUGUCUUGCCGCUUGAAUUCACCAUCUGCUACUGAUAACACUGAUUUUGCCUCUCAAAGUUCUCAAGCUCAGUAGCUCACAGGCAAUGAUGGGACGCUCCCUUCUCUCUCAACUCUUUAUCCUCAACAGCACUGCUCCCCGCUUCUCUUCUUCAGUGUUAAGAAGACCAGGAUUGGUUCCUCAGAUCCACAGUCAAAGUUUCCGGUGCCUUUGCAGCACCCCUAUAUCUGAGCCUUCUGUUUCCGAGAAUCUUCCGAGCUCUGUAAAGAAGAGAAUAGUCUCUGGUGUACAGCCAACAGGAUCUAUACACCUUGGGAAUUAUCUCGGUGCCAUAAAAAAUUGGAUCCAGUUGCAGGUUUUUUACCAACGUGUCAAAUGCAAUCCACUUAAUUGAGAAUUCAUGUUCAUGCCUACUAUAAGGAUUUUAGUUUUGUGUAAUAAUAGUGAAUGGAUUAGCAUUAGUUGUAGUUGUUGGUUGUGAAUCUUCAUCAUAGCUGCCUUCAAAUGUUUGGUUAGUGGUAAAAAUAUUCUCCACCCGGAACUCUCCCCUCCUGAUAAGGGUAGCAAGCUUUUUCCGAAGCUCCCACAAAUAGAUGUCUUUGUGAUCAACUGUGACUUAGUGUCCAAUUUAAGAGUGUGAUGCAUUGUUUGGCUUAUGAGGACCCUAUGCUUCAAAUCACUAUUAUUAACAAUAACAUCGAUAGCAAUCAUUUUUUAUUAUAAUGAGGUUAACAUAAACAGAUGGCAUAAUGGAUAUGGAAAUGCUUGCAUAUACAAUGUUUUGCUUUUGCAUCUACCACCAGAUUUUAGAGGAUAAUUUAAGCGGAUAGAGUUGUCAUUUCAUUAUAUUUGGAUUUUUUUAACUAUGAGAACGUUUUCUCUAACCUUUUUUAAUAUGAUUAGCCGACCCCAUUAUUUUGGAAGUAUGACUCUGCUUUUUGCGGUUUUUUUAGUAGGGAAAAGGGUCAAAUAAGCACUCCAACUAUUCACGACUCAGCAGUUGGAUCCCCUAAUAUAAUGACCUUACAACUAAGCAUCCCAACGGAUUAAGAACAACAAUUGUAUCCAGAUUAGCUAUAAUAGCAUAUAACCUUCAGGUGGGGGCGGUCUUGGCUAUGAAGGAUGAAGGAGCUUGCACCGGCAUGGCGGUUUUUGCUGAAGAAGAUGAAGCAUUGGCGGCAAGACGAGCAUGCAGAUAAGCAUGACACUUUCUUCUUCAUUGUAGACCUUCAUGCGAUAACUUUGCCAUAUGAUGCUCCGCAUUUACUUAAAGCAACCAAGGACACAGCAGCUCUUUAUUUAGCUUGCGGUGUGGACCCUACUAAGGCUACAGUUUUUGUACAGUCGCAUGUUGCUGCUCAUGUAGAAUUGAUGUGGCUACUGAGUGCUGCCACUCCCAUUGGUUGGCUCAAUAAAAUGAUUCAAUUCAAAGAGAAAUCACGGAAGGCGGGAGAUGAAAAUGUUGGGGUUGCCCUUCUAACCUAUCCUGUACUGAUGGCUUCUGAUAUUCUUCUAUACCAGCCUGAUCUCGUUCCUGUUGGAGAGGAUCAGAAGCAACAUCUUGAAUUGACACGAGAGCUUGCAGAACGAAUUAACUAUUUAUAUGGAGGUAAAAAGUGGAAGAAGUUGGGAGGGCGAGGUGGUCCAAUAUUUAAGGUACCUGAACCUCUCAUUCCAUCUGCUGGAGCUCGAAUAAUGUCCCUUACUGAUGGCCUCUCAAAGAUGUCAAAGUCUGCACCUUCUGACCAAUCUCGUAUCAACUUGCUUGAUCCAAAAGAUGCAAUAGCAAAUAAGAUAAAACGAUGCAAGACUGACUCAUUGAAUGGCUUGGAAUUUGACAACCCUGAUAGACCAGAAUGCAACAAUCUUCUUUCUAUUUAUCAGCUUGUGUCAGGCAAGACAAAGCAGGAAGUUACAGAGGAAUGCCAAAAUAUGAGCUGGGGAGCAUUUAAGCCUUUGCUUACAGAUGCUUUAGUUGCACAUCUACAUCCUAUCCAGGUUAGAUAUGAUGAAAUAAUGUCUGAUAGCGACUGUUUGGAUAAAGUGUUGGCAGAAGGCGCUAUGAACGCAACAAACGUUGCAAAUGUCACUCUUCGUAAUGUUUACCAGGCAAUGGGGUUUAUGCAGCGAUGAUUAUAAAUUAUCUACGUUUAGUAAAAAUAACAGUAUUUGAGACGGAGUAUUAGUUAUACAACUAGUUAAUAUAACACAUUUUUACUAUGAUAGUAUGAUCUAAUCACAAACAAUAACAAAUAGUACAUUAUUGAUGUUCUUGUAGUAGGUCAUAGUUGGAGAAUAAUAAAAGAGUUAUGUAUGAAACUUUUCCUAUGAAGAUUUUGAUGGUGUUCAUAAAUUACAUGCAUAUUGUUAUUAUAUUUUCAUAUCAUAAUGUCUUUAUUCACGUUAUAAACUAAAUGUGAUUAUGCAUAUAAUAAUCAAAGUAUUAUGUGAUAAGCUACCCCCGGGCCUAGGCCCGACUCGGAUAGUAGCAAUAAAUGCGAGACGGGGACACGUGUCAAGCAUCCGACGGCUGAGGGGUCACAUCAAUCGGGACGGCAUUGGUGCUCCCAUGUGGCCGCAUUAAAUGCGGCGGUUGGAUGUGACGUCGUACUUGGUACGGUGAUUCAGGCGCAAGUGGAGAAGAGAUCCUGUCGUUUGAGGUGCCUCCGGCUGAAAGUGACAGGCCGAAGGCUUCAUAAUCCGAGGGCACCUCUAAUGCCGAGGGCUCCAGAUGUCGAGGGCUACUAUUUUCGCCGUUUUCUCCCAGUUCCUCUGUUUGUUCGAAAUAUCCAUGCUGUGAUAGUUUGGAGCCCUCGGUCAGGGGGUCGAGGGCACCCCAGUGUGCCUUGAGGGUUGAUUUGUGCUUGGGGCGUUAUAAUUUUGGGCUUGCAAUGCUUCUUGGGUUUGUUGGGCUUUUGUUGGAGUAGUGGGAGUCUGUGGACCGGGGGUUCCCGGGUCAUAUACUCCAUCAGGAGUCCCUCACUCCUUUUGCCGAAAGGUACUUGAGGGAAAAGGAGUAAACUGUGUCUGCCAUUUGAUGUUGCUCCGUUGUAGUUUGGUGAGGAGUUGUUGUUUGCGUGUCC